AUGCGCAAAGUUAUGGAACCCAAUACUGCUUCGCGCCUUAAGGAAAGGAGUCGCAACAAACUGAAAGAUUUCUUGAGUAUGGGUCCUGCUCUGCAGGUAUCUUAUAUCCUUGCCUUCACCUUGACACCUCUGUCACCGUCACUACGAAUCAUCAAGCUAUCGGAUGGCCCGACACUGAGCUUCAGAGUCGAGAGAUAUAGUUUGAUGAAGGAUGUCCUAAAUACAUCGCGUCGAGCUCGAAGUGUGGGGAUGGAAUAUCUUAGUCCUCCUCUGCUUGUCCUUGCAUCAUUCCCUCGGCCGUCUCCAACAACACCGCCGCACCUUCCACUUCUCAUGAAGUCCUUCCAAUCAUUAUUCCCGCCUCUUUCCCCUCAUACACUGAGCCUAUCUUCAGCCCGCAGAGUGGUUUUGAUAUCCUACAAUGCAGAGCGCGGCACGGUUGAUUUCCGACACUAUAUUAUCAAGGUUAAGCCGUAUGGCGUUUCUAAAAGGGUCCGUCGCGUGCUUGAUGCUGCCUCGCACGCUGGGAAGAGCAGCUCGGGAGUGCUAGAUCUUGGUAACGAAAGGGACGUUGCGGACUUCUUGCUGAGAAAACGGGGAGAACCAGGGCUAGACGGAGGAUAUGAAAGCGCGGCCUCAUCGGCGGAAAGCGUAGCUGGAGACGACGGGGAUGCUGUCGACCUUGCUGGAGAUUACGUCGGGAGAAACAACAAGAAGGGUCAAAGACGAGCUGUGCGACUUGACGAAGUGGGCCCUCGGAUGGAGCUGCGUCUAAUCAAAAUCUCGGAAGGAGGUGCUUUUUCUGACGUAUACGCUACAGUCAAAAAGACCAAAAAAGAAAUUGCCGCGCAGAAGGCUGAACAUGCAGCCAAAGCCAAGCUAAGAAAAGAGAGGAGAGAGGAACAGGAACGGAACGUUCAGCGGAAGAAAGCCAAAACUGCGGGACAAGAAAAGGACGCAUCGGAGGGCGAAGAAGACAGCGGAGAUGAGGAUGAUGGGCUUGGGGAGUGGGACGAGGAGGAAGACAUCAGCGAGGGAGAAGAGGAGGAGGAAAGCGCGAGCGAAGCAGAAAGCUCUGAAGAUGAGCGUCCAGCAAAAAAGGUAAAAAUUAGAGGGAAAGGCUAG